AUGGUGAAGGGAGCGAUUGAGGAGUCGAAAAAGACUUCUGGUCAAAAUGAUUCAAAAGAUCACACAUCUCUGGAUGAGAUCAGUGAAAAGCGUGCAGACUUGACAAAUCAAAAGCUGGUUAACCACCUCUCCAAGAUCGAUGGAUCCAGUUUUCAUACCGGCGACGAGAAGUUCAUUAAGGAUAGAGGGGUCUAUCGAGUGGAAGCCCUCAAGGAUGUCCUAUACACUCACGAGAAAGGUCUUCGGAUGAGAUGGAUAUUGGGUAUUUCAAUUCUUUUGUGUUCUUGGGCUAUCUCUCUAGACUGGUCUGUUACGAGCAGCAUCCAGCCCUGGGCGACUUCGGCAUUUAAAGAGCAUUCUCUAGGGCUAGGUGCUCUUGCAAUCGCCCAGCAAAUCAUCACUGCUAUUUCAAAACCCGUGUGGGCGCAGAUCGCCAAUAUCGUCUCCCGUCCAACCACAUACUUUAUUUCCAUUGUCUUUUAUACACUUGGGUACAUUAUUGUGGCUUCAAGCCACACGAUCUCUGCCUAUAUCGUUGGUGCUGCUUUUUCCUCCGCAGGAAAUUCCGGGAUUCAGUUCCUCAAUAGCAUCAUAGUUGCUGAUAUGACUCCUUUAAAGUGGAGGGGCCUCGCCACAUCAGCCUUGAGCACACCUUUCAUCAUCAAUACUUGGUACGCAGGUUACAUUGUCCUGGAUUUGGGUCCAAGUGAUUGGAGGUGGGGAUAUGGUAUGUUUUGCGUAAUUCUUCCCGUGGUACUUUCUCCCGCUGCAAUUAUCAUGUUUGUGUUUGAAAGUCGGGCACAUAGAGGUCUUGAUCAGGAGGGCCUUGCUCAGUAUAAACGAGACUUGGGCUUCAAAAAGAAUUGGAAAAAGCUUUUAUGGAGGGUAGCGGUCGAAGUUGACAUCUUCGGCUUGUUACUUCUAGGUUUUGGAUUUUCAUUGGUAUUGUUGCCCUUCUCUUUGUACCAGAAUGCCGACAAUCAGUGGAAAAAUCCGAGCUUGAUUGCGAUGUUUAUCGUGGGUGGAAUCUUUUUGAUAGUAUUCAUUUUUUUCGAGUUUUACUUUGCGCCAUUCCCUAUCCUUCCCAAGAGGUGUUUGAAUCGAACGCUUGUGGCUUCUGUGACGAUCGAUUUUAUGUAUCAAUUUGCUGGUAACAUUCCAUUGGUGUACCUCUCUUCAUACGCUUGGAUUGUAAGAGAUUGGGAUAACGAGCACUGGACUUACUUCAACAACACCUUGACCAUGGGAUUGUGCGUAUUUGGAGUCGUUGCUGGUAUACUCAUGCGAUUGACCCAUAGAUUCAAAAUAUACCAGUACUUUGGCGUCAUAAUGGCCAUCCUAGGAUCUGCGAUCAUGCUCGAUGGUAGAACAGCAAGUGAUAAAACUGUCACCCUAGUGUGGGCCAGUCUUCUUGAUGGUAUCGGAGGUGGCUUUUGUGUUCCUGCUUCGCAAGUUGCCCUUCAAGCCUCCAUCCCUCAUAGAGAUAUGGCAAUAUCUGUGUCUAUAUUGAGUUUGACAUCCUCAAUUGGAUCUUCGAUUGGGUCUGCAAUCUCCACUGCCAUUUGGCAAGGAAAAAUGGAAUCAGCGUUGAGGAAGUACAUGCCUGCAAGUGUUUCAGAUGACCAGGUAAUUACAUUCUUCAAGGAUAUAACCACUCUUCGUCAGUACGAUUUUCACAGUGACGUCAGACAAGCAGGAAUACGAGCUUACAGAGACGUGAACUGGUAUUUCUAUGUGAUAGCUACUGCUUUGCAAGUGAUACGUCUCAUUGCGGUGUUUUUCCAAAGAAACUAUUACCUAGGUGAUUCAAACAAUGCAGUUGAGGACGAGAACGGAAAUCCGAUUCCCGUGGAGGAACAGGUGGUCAAGAAAAGUGGUCAAAGGAGCUGGAAGAAGAUCUUGCUCAAUAUUGGCGAGUAG